CCUGCGGAAAGUAGGCCAUGCUCUGUACGUGCUUGCCCGUGACGUCAUCGCGUCAGAUGGCCGAAUGUUUACAUCCAGCAGAGAUGUGUUUCUGACUGGAUCCUCCAACAACAACCAAGAAGGCAAGAAUUUCAGCGAGGCCGAGUGCGCCACUCGACGUUUGAAGAACCUCUGGUCGUCAUGGGUGGAGCUGUUAGCGCCGGUGAGGACAACGAUGACCUCAUCGACAAUCUGAAGGAGGCGUACUACAUCCGCUCUGACCUGGUGGAGCGAGCGUUCAGGGCCAUCGACCGUGCCGACUAUUACCUGGAUGAGUACCGGGAUAAUGCCUACAAGGACCUGGCGUGGAGGCACGGGAACAUCCACCUGUCUGCUCCUUGUAUCUACUCCGAGGUGAUGGAGGCUCUGGAUCUGCAUCCUGGAUUGUCCUUCCUGAAUUUGGGCAGUGGGACUGGGUACCUCAGCACCAUGGUGGGCCUCAUUCUAGGGCCGCUGGGAGUGAACCAUGGGAUUGAGUUGCACCCUGAUGUGAUCGAUUACGCCUACAAGAAGCUUGAUUCCUUCAUCAAAACAAGCGACAGCUUCGAUAAGUUCGAGUUCUGCGAGCCUUGCUUCGUAGUGGGGAACUGCCUGGAGAUCCCCCCGGAGAGCCGCCAGUAUGAUCGGGUCUACUGCGGGGCUGGGGUGCAGAGAGACCACGAGGACUACAUGAAGAACCUGCUGAAGGUGGGGGGCAUCCUGGUGAUGCCUCUGGAGGAGAAGCUGACCAAGAUCACUCGCACCGCAGCCAACAGCUGGGAGACCAAAAAGAUCAUCUCAGUCUCUUUCGCUCCUCUGGUGCUGCCCAAAGUCAACAGCAAUGGCCGCCCCAAGACCACCCCCUUGCCCAAGUUUGAGGUGCGGAGCCUCCAGGAGUUGGCCCGCAUCUGCAUCCGGCACACUCUGCGGGUGACCCCAGAGGGGGCCGACAGCCAAUCACGAGGCCGCGGGUCGUCCUUCAGCGUGGGCCGCGGGCUGGCAGUGGCCGGCCUGCACAAGUACGGGCCUCGCUUUAAACGCCGCCGCGUGCACCGGCGCCAUUGCAACGCCCUGGUGCUGGCCACGCGUCAGGUGGUGUCAAGCAAUAACCCCGCCCACCCUGACGGCAACAACAACCAGGGAGGGGGGGAGGAGGAGGAGGAGGCGGUGGUGGUGGAGAGGGAGGCGCGGCGGCAGGUGAAGGGCAGCAGGAGGCUGGGCAGGGUGGUGAUGGAGGAGGACGAGACUGUGGAGGAGGAGGAUGAAGAGGAGGAGCAGCAGGAGGAAGAUGAGGAGGAUGAGGAGGAGGAAAGAGAGACCGGUGAGCUGCUGCGACCCCAGCCGGUCAUCAACAUCCUGAGGGAGCGGAUACUAAACCUGCCGCUGCCUGAGCCCCUCAAGAUGUACCUGCUCUACUACAGAGAGAAGUAAGGACCAACCCACCCGUUUCCCCACCCCGUUCUCUGCUGGCUCCUCCCCUACAUCACAUGAUCCAUUCCUGGAAACUGACUGGUCCAGGAGCUGCAACCUCCUACAGCUGUUUUUUGUUUACUCCCGGCCUUCACCUAGACCUUCCAUAUCUCUUUGAUCCGGUAACAGGGACGGGACACCAGGGAGAAGGUUUCCCUUUAGAAUAGUUGCUGAUGCAUCUCCAGCCAAAGGCCUAGACUGUCCAACAAAGGGACUUGAAAUACAGUUUUGGGGACCCCCGAAGUCGAAGAUUCCAGUUCCAUUUUUUCGAUGCUGUGCUGACGUCAAUCGCCCAAAAGUUCGCUCUGCCUUCAGGGGGACGUCUGUUUGGACCAAUCACUUCACACGGAGCCCCGGUCACCAGAAACCCUGCAUGUGUAUCCCGAGGGCCGUGUGCUCACAUGGACUCCCUCUCCACAUAGAUCAGCUGGAUCAUAACCCAGUUCGCAUGACAGUCCUGUGUACAUGAUCACCGUGUGCUCAGUUUAUUCCUCCUCUGAGACUUGAAGUGGUUUGUACAGAACUUUUUGUUCAGUGGAUGAACUUUUGUUUCCUCCUCCUCUUCUCGGGGCAUUAUCGCGUGUCACUUUUCCACCAGACUCUCUGCUCCCUACUGUGCCAAAUUGGACCAGCUGAAGUCUGGACCCUGUGUAAAGAUGGAGACUGUGCUUCGUUUUCUUUAUCUCUGACUCCUGUGCGUGUGGCUGAUGUGAUGUCAGCGGUCAAGGACCACUAUCUGUCAUUCACUCGCAUCUAAAGCAGUGAUGGUGAUCUGGUCUGUCUAAGGCCGCCAGGUCAGAUGAGUAAACACAAGUGAGUGUCAUUUUCUUGCCCCUCCUCCGUUAGUAAGUCUGGUCAUGAACAUGCAGUUGUAGGUUUUUCUUUCAAAUGUGGUGGUGGGUGGCUUGCAUCUUGCUUUAGAAUGUGGUGGAAGUCUGACUAGAGAAGAAACCAGAAAUCAUGGACCAGAAAACACUCCCAAAAACUGCUCAUUUAUUAUUUAUUACCUGGAUACAGUGUGUAGGUUUUAUUUCACCCGUUUUGCAGUGAACUUGCUGAUCAAAAAAGGUUUAACCAAACCCCUUGAAAAUAUAAAAUAGAAUCAACGGUAUUGUCUCACUCAUUCAGCCAAUCAUGAAUUCCAGUUGAGGGUGAGACUAUAUUUAUUUCCAGGGCUGUAGCUGGGUCACACCACCUGAUCCAUCUUUAUAUACAUGUGAGACUUGCGGGUGUAAAAAUCUGUUGGAUGUUUUUGUACUCUGCAGUGGCUGAUGUUUUGUGUGAGGUUGCACCAGCAGCAGGGAGGGAUCUGCCGCACCAGAAGCUUCUCCUCCGUUCAGGCGCUUGUCAGGAUCAGUCACGCACAACUAACCACGCGCUCUAACUUGAAGACAACAUUGUGCAAAGUUGUGUGUUGUUUUCCUGCUUUGAUAUGCGGAACAGACCAGUAACCACAGCGACCAGGUCUGGUGAAGCGCAUCGUUCCAUCACUGAUAGUAUGUGAUUCUCUGCUGAAUGUAACUGAUCACGACCUGUUUUUUUGCACUUCACAUCAAGUGUCAGUCAGAAUGAUUCGCUUCUGUGUGAGGUUUUUUUUUCUUUUCGAUUUUAAUGAGUUGUGCAUUUUACUGCUGCUAAUAAAGUCAGUGAGG